AAUAAACUAAAUGACCUAAACAGAAGCAAUAAACUAAUAAAAUAAAUAAGUCAUACUAAGACUAAUUCAAAGUAAAACCACAUUGCAAUAUCCCAUGAAUUCAAUCCAAUUUUCCUUUAAUCAAAUACCUUCUUAUUUCUGAUUCUCUAAGCCCUCUCCCCCAACAAUAUUAUGUCUUCCAAAGUACCAUCAUUAACAGUGGAAAAUCUCUUCAAACCAACCCCCUUUUUUCACAUCAAACUAUGGAUUGUGAUUCUACUCAUUUUCUCCUUAGUAUUUUUGAUUAUCAUCUUCAUAUUUCUCUACUUUAUCCUAUGUAGUAGGCACAAACGUUACAGAGCUAGAUAUCGUAUCUCAUCUCCCAACGUUAGCCAAAAUGCUUACAACAACACUUCAUCCCUUGAUAGGAGACUCCUCACUCGUAACCUCUCCGAGUGCGAAAUGAUGGGCUUUAGAUAUGGGCCGGCUAUGUCAGCCCAAUGGUCAACUCGGACUAGCAGUGUUGCCAGUGAUGCUGAUUCGUUGGUGGCCCGGCCCAGAGAUGCAUGGAGGAAAAUGUUUAGUAUGAAUGAAAUUGAUGUGGCAACAAAUGGGUUCUCAAGAGCAAAUGUCAUUGGUAGUGGAGAAUAUGGAACUGUUUAUUGUGGUGUUUUGUUUGAUAAUACUCGUGUUGCUGUGAAAAAGCUACUCAUAAGCAGUUGCCAAGCCGAGGAAUUUAUUGCACAAAUGGAAGCAAUUGGACAUGUUAGACACAAAAACUUAGUGAGGCUACUUGGUUACUGUGUUGAAGGAGUUCACAGGAUACUUGUGUACGAAUAUGUAGACAAUAAGAAUUUGCAGCAUUGGCUUCAUCAAUGCCCUCAACAAAUCAGACUUAGUUGGAGCAUGAGGAUGAACAUAAUACAAGGAAUAGCAAAGGGAUUGGCUUACCUUCAUGAGGGCAUUGAACAAAAAAUUCUCCACAGAAGCUUAAAACCAAGUAACAUCAUGCUUGAUCACCAAUUCAAUCCAAAGAUUACUGAUUUUUGCAUUGCAAACUUCUUUGGGCCCCGGUGGGGAUAUACAGUCAUGGAAUCAUUAGGUUACUUAGCUCCGGAAUUUGAUGAUGAUGAUGAUGAUGAUGAUAAUGAAUCGUCUCCUAUAACAUUCAAUGAAAAACAUGAUGUUUAUAGCUUUGGAAUUCUUGUCAUGGAAAUCAUAACAGGGAGAGCCCCAAUAGAUCACCACCAUGAAUCUCAACCAUAUCUAGUGGAGUGGCUAAAAUCAAUGGUUGCAACGGAAAGAAGUGGUGAUGUGUUAGACCCAACAUUGGUAGAGCUGCCUUGUUCAAUAGAACUCAAAAGAAUUCUAUUGAUAGCUCUUCGUUGUGUUGAUGUUGAUGAGGAACACAGGCCUAAUAUGGGAGAUGUUAUUCAUAUGCUUCAGCCACGUGACUUGUUACUUCAACUUAAUCGUUAAUGAAGACAAUAUUGAUCCUCAUCUUAUGAUAUAUAAGAGCUAAUUUUAAUUAACUAUAAAUAUGUCCUUUUUGAUUUA